AUGGCACUUUUAUGGAAAAUAAUCUGCAGCUGGAGCAUUGCCUUUUUCUUUGUUCUGGUCGGGUAUGCGCACGGAGACCUCAGCUAUUCUGUACAAGAGGAAUUGAAACGCGGAUCUGUAAUAGGAAAUAUUGCCAAGGAUCUUGGAUUGGAGGUGGGGAAAUUGUCUGCUCGCAAAGCUCGUGUUGACAUGGAAAAAAACAACAAACAGUAUUGUGCAAUAAACAUGCGUACAGGGGAUUUAAUGGUUGCAGAUAGAAUUGACCGAGAGGAGCACUGCGGAGAAAAACCUUCUUGUUUUCUGAAAUUCGACCUGCUGCUUGAAAAUCCUUUAGAAUUGCACCGGUUGUCGUUACAAAUUCAAGAUAUAAAUGAUAAUUCUCCCAUUUUCUCUAAAGAUUUUGUGAAACUAGAAAUAAGUGAAUCGGCUAUGAAAGGAGGCAAAUAUCGCAUUAAUGCAGCACAUGAUUUGGAUAUAGGAUCAAAUUCUGUUCAAAGCUACAUUUUGCAACAAAAUUCCAAUUUUGUGUUCCACAUUCAGACGACAAAUGAUGGCAACAAAUAUGGUGAGCUGAUUUUAGAUAAGGAACUGGACAGAGAAGAGCAGCAGGAAAUUAGCCUAUUGCUUACAGCUGUGGAUGGUGGUUCUCCUAGGAGAUCUGGCACUGUAGUCAUAAAAGUCAUUGUACUUGAUGCAAAUGACAACGCCCCAGUUUUCACUCAGGGUGUGUAUAAAACCUCCGUGAAGGAAGAUGUGGCCUCGAAAACUCCAAUUAUCACUGUGAGUGCAUUAGAUGCAGAUGAAGGAAUGAAUGGAGAAGUUACAUAUGAGUUCAGCAGACUUUCUGAUAAAGCGAAAAGUAUGUUUUCCCUAAAUGAGAAAACUGGAGAAAUUGUUGUGAUAGGUGAGCUAGAUUAUGAAGAUGAAACAAACCAUGAAUUGUUGGUUGAGGCCAAAGAUGGUUACGGUCUUUCUUCGGAGGCAAAAGUAAAUAUUGAUAUAACUGAUGUAAAUGACAAUGCCCCUGUGAUCAAUUUAAAAUCACUGUCUAAUACAGUAGUUGAGAAUAUGCCCCCAGGUACAGCAGUGGGCAUCGUUAAUGUGCAGGACAGAGACUCAGAGCAGAACGGACAAGUCCGCUGUUCCAUUCAACAAAAUGUCCCUUUUAAAUUAGUUCCUUCUAUUCCAAAUUAUUAUUCACUGGUGACGACUGGACAACUGGAUCGUGAACUGAUUUCUGAUUACAACAUUACAAUCAAUGCCAUUGAUGAGGGUUCUCCUCCUCUAUCCUCUUCUAAAAGUCUUCACUUGUCUAUAGCAGACGUCAAUGACAACCCACCUUUGUUUGAGGAACUGUCCUAUAGCGCAUACAUAAGUGAAAAUAACAAAGCUGGCUCCACUUUAUGUUCAGUUAGUGCCCAAGACCCCGACUGGAGACAGAACGGCAGUGUGAUUUAUUCUCUGUUAGCCACCGAGGUGAACGGUCUCCCAGUCUCAUCCUACGUGUCUGUUAACGGGGACACGGGGGUGAUCCAUGCCGCUAGGUCAUUUGAUUACGAACACUUGAGGAGUUUUCAAGUCCACAUCAUGGCCAGAGACAAUGGUUCUCCUCCACUGAGCAGCAAUGUGAGCGUCAGUGUGUUCAUCUCAGACGUGAACGACAAUGCCCCUCAGAUCCUGUACCCUGCUCCGGAGGGCAACUCCUUCAUGACUGAGCUGGUCCCCAAAGCUGCUCAAGGAGGUUCUGUUGUGUCCAAAGUGAUAGCGGUGGACGCGGACUCUGGACAGAAUGCCUGGUUGUCCUAUCAUAUAGUCAAGUCCACAGAUCCAGGACUUUUCACCAUUGGACUUCACAGUGGAGAGAUUAGGACCCAACGGGACAUUUUGGAAUCUGACAGCAUGAAACAGAACUUGAUUGUGGCAGUGAAGGAUAAUGGGCUGUCCCCUCGCUCAGCCACCUGCUCCAUGUAUUUACUUCUUUCCGAUAACUUGGCGGAAGUGCCAGAGCUGAAAGACAUUUCUUAUGAGGAGAAGAAUUCCAAACUGACCUCUUAUCUGAUCAUCGCCUUGGUGUCUGUGUCCACCUUCUUUCUGACCUUCAUCAUAAUCAUCCUGGGUGUGAGAUUUUGUCGCAGGAAAAAGCCCAGACUGAUGUUUGAUGGAGCAGUUGCUAUCCCUAGUGGAUAUUUCCCUCCUAACUACUCCGAUGUUGAUGGCGCAGGGACAUUACGCAGCACCUAUAACUAUGAUGCCUACUUGACAACUGGUUCCAGAACAAGUGACUUUAAGUUUGUGUCUUCAUACAAUGACACCACACUGCCUGCUGAGCAGACGCUGAGGAAAAGUCCAUCAGACUUUGUUGACAACCUUCAGGAUUCUUUUGACCCUUUGGAGCUCAUCAAGAAAAUGGCAGUAGUGUGCAAUUAA